GCGAAUCCCACUGGCGGCGGAUCAUCUCUUGAAGCAUCGAUCAACACUGCAUCUGUGCUCUAACACCGCAAUUUUCGCAGUCUGGCCUAAGCCGACCCGCAGAUUUCUCUCGCGCGCACGCCCAACAUAAAGACCCAACGACCCUCCGCAAUGACCGAAGAUUCUUUCCUCUGUCCUGGCUCGUAAGAUGGAGGAAGAACUGGGUGUCUUGGAGGAUCUGAUAGAGUAGAGAAGGUGUAGUCUGAUGGUGGAGCUUGGGGGGUGAUCCCUUAAGGCAACAUGGUGAGUUCCCUUUCCGCCAAUCGCCAAACCUAGAAGACCCUCGGCAGGCCUACAAACCACCUUGAACCAUCAGCAUCUCGACCAUCAGAUGCCUUGGUCCUUGUCUCGCAACCCUUUGUUCUCGCAUUUCUUAUCCCCAACGACGGUCUCUUCUCAUCAUUACAACAGGUCCCCCACCAUGAUCCUCUCUUUGCUGCCGCCCGUCAGCGACCACCUCUGUCUCGCCAGUCGUCCCAUCAGUCCCAAAUCAGCUUGAUCUCCCCGACGCCUUCCGUGGAGGCAGAUGACGAGCGGGAAUCCUCGUGGGGAUAUUCAGAUUCCGACAUGGGCGACUUCACAGAACCUGAAGCGGAGAUGAGGUAUGCGGAUGAGGAUACAAGGCCGACCAGCCAGAAAGAGCUAUGGGGUUGGUAUUCGUACGGCUGGGCCGCCGAGGUGUUUGCCAUCUGUGCAAUGGGGUCCUUUCUACCAAUUACCCUCGAACAACUAGCCAGGGAGCGAGGAGUACUGUUGAAAGAUAAGACAACGCCCUGCAGCGCAGGCUGGAAAAGCGACGAUGGCACCUCGCCGAAUGCAACCGUCUUCGAUUCUCCUAAACACCGACACAAUGAACUUCCUGCCUGUGUCGUAUACAUCUUGGGCGCCGAGAUCAACACUGCGAGUUUCGCCAUGUAUACCUUCUCCAUCAGCGUCCUAAUCCAAGCUCUACUCAUCAUCUCCAUGUCCGCAGCAGCCGAUCACGGCAGAUUUCGGAAGACGUUCCUACUCGCCUUCGCUUUUACUGGAGCGUUUGCUACAGCCCUCUUCAUCACCGUCAUACCCAAGGUUUAUUUGCUGGGAGCCCUUUUCGCCAUCGUUGCAAACACAUGUUUUGGAGCGUCGUUUGUGUUGCUGAAUUCUUUCCUGCCCUUGCUAGUACGACAUCACCCGUCUAUCGAGCGAGACCAUGAAGAAGACCGCGCAGCAGGCGACGACGACGAGUACGUCGAACACGAGGACCACGUCUUGACGAGCUCGACUUCGGGCCUCUUACCUCGGGAUCGCGCCGACGACACCUCUCCCGCCCAAGAAUCUCCUGCUGCGAUCUCGCCGGCGCUGAAGUUGUCCACCAAGAUAUCGUCAAAUGGUAUUGGCAUCGGAUACAUUGCUGGGUUGUUCGUGCAAAUUAUUGGUAUCGGCAUAGUGGCCGCAACAAAAUCCACACUCUUAUCCUUGAGACUGGUUCUCCUGCUUGUGGGCCUGUGGUGGUUCGUGUUCAGCAUUCCAGCGGCUCUAUGGCUCCGACCCCGACCAGGACCGCCCUUACCGACCGAGUUGACGGGACGCUACGCCUGGGUGGGAUACGUGACAUAUGCGUGGAAAGCACUGUUCACAACGAUCGGACACGCUCGAAAGCUAAAGGAUAUUGUGAUCUUUCUUUGCGCCUGGUUCUUGCUCAGUGACAGUAUCGCCACGGUGAGCGGGACAGCGGUGCUCUUCGCCAAAACGAGUCUUGGGAUGAAUACCCCAGCCCUGGGCAUGAUCAACGUCAUUGCAACGAUAGCGGGCGUCAUUGGCGCAUUUUACUGGAGCUUCAUCUCUCGGUUCUUCAACCUUCGCGCAUCUAGGACGAUUGUCGCGUGCAUCUGCUUGUUUGAGAUUAUUCCUUUGUAUGGACUCCUCGGGUUUAUUCCUGCCAUCAAGCGAUACGGUGUUUUUGGCUUGCAACAGCCAUGGGAGAUGUACCCUCUGGGGGCAAUCUACGGGUUCGUUCUUGGCGGGUUAUCGUCGUAUUGUCGAGCAUUCUUUGGUGAAUUGAUUCCCCCUGGGUUUGAGGCAGCAUUUUACGCCCUUUACGCCAUCACAGACAAAGGGUCCAGCAUCUUCGGCCCGGCCAUUGUUGGCGCAAUCACGGAUCGAUACGGGGAGAUACGACCUGCGUUUGUCUUCUUGGCAGUCCUCAUAUUCCUCCCGCUGCCUCUGAUGUUAUUGGUCGAUGUUGAUCGCGGCAAGGCCGAGGCGUAUCAAAUGGCGUUGGAGCUCGAAGGAAGGCGCAAAGCAAGAGAAGAGGAAACAAGAUAUAGGACAAUACCUACCAUAGUGCUCUCGGAAGAGGAGGAUUGAGCUCAAUACCUCCUGAAAUAGAGUGGCUCGAGGCGGUAGUGAUCUGUGGCUGUGGUAACGGGGUUCCUCAGAAUAGUCAUCAUUGCUUAGAAAUACCGGGCAGUAAAGUCCUCGCUACCAGUUUUCUUGUGAGAAGCUCAAGUGUCACCAAAGGCCAGAAUGUCC